ACACCACCACCAAAUUCGAUCAUAUAUCAUCACCAACUACUUGCCUAGGUAGCCAACCGUAUAACCACCCACUUACAACCGCUUACGCUUUCACACAUUCAUCAUGGGCUCCGUCGUACUUCCCCAUCUCAACACCGGCUGGCAUGUGGACCAAGCCAUUCUCUCAGAGGAAGAUCGCCUCGUCGUCAUUCGCUUCGGCCGCGAUUGGGAUCCCGAUUGUAUGCGCCAGGACGAAGUGCUGUACAAGAUCGCCGACAAGGUGCGCAACUUCGCCGUGAUUUACCUCUGCGACAUCGACCAGGUUCCCGACUUCAACCAGAUGUACGAGCUGUAUGACCCGUGCUCCCUCAUGUUCUUCUUCCGAAACAAGCACAUGAUGAUCGAUCUGGGAACCGGUGACAACAACAAGAUCAAGUGGGUUCUUGAGGAUAAGCAAGAGCUCAUUGACAUUUUUGAAACGGUGUAUCGAGGUGCCAAGAAGGGACGUGGUUUGGUCGUCAGUCCCAAGGAUUAUUCUACCCGACACAGGUACUAGUCGUGGAAACGGCCACCAGUAUUUGGGAUUUGGGCGCGGACCGGAGUUGGGCUUGUUUUGAGGUGCUAAUACGUUCAUGAUGGCUGGAGGAAGGUAGGGAUAUUUGGCUUCCGAGUCAAUCGAUAAUGAGACUACGAUACGAUACAUUUCGUCAAGACCAAUAUUCUAUGGACCAAAUG